UCGACAUAAAUAUUUCGAGCGAGAGUUUUUUGGUCAUCAGCAGAAGAUAGUCCGUCAGAAGAAGUAAAAGUUGUUUGUUUAUUCGUUUUGUGAGCAAGCUUUUUUAAUCAAACAUUCCCGUAUUCUCAAGUUUUCGCCAGCAAUAAAAGAGUUUUAGUAAACGCAUCAAAAUGGUUUGGUUGGAAUCAUGCUGGUCUCCUUGCAUCUGGUCCAAUUCCGUUAAGUCUGGGAGCUAUGCGAUCGCCGCUUAUACCGUAGCGAUGUGCAUCGUGCUGAUAACAAUGACAGGAUACAUGCUUGCGGGCGGUGAUUCUUCGCAGCUUUACUCGCCGCUGUUUGAAACUGACAUUCGCGACUCGAUGCAGGUCGUGGGAGGAUUCUUCAUUGCUUACUUCCUGUUGCUAAUCCUGUCUGCCGUUGGCAUUUGCUACUCGCUUAAAACAACGACCCGUGGCUGGAUGCUUCCUUGGUUGGCUCUGUUUGGAGUGGCCAUUCUGUUUCAAUUUGUAUUUGGCCUCUGGUUGAUCGGAGGGUACUAUAUUUAUCUCCAGCAAACAUUAUCCAGUUUGAUCCUAUGGGUUUGGAUGGCGUACAAUAUUUACUGCUGGAUGUGCGUUUACUCGCAAUAUCAAAUUUUCGUCGAUAUGCAAUCUCCAAACAUUGAACUUCUGAUGCCUUAGACGAGUGGAGAACGAAAUUUUCAGAUUCCACUCUACUACAGCCAGUUCAUGCACUACUUGACCAAACACUACUUACGUAAAAUCACUACUCACUUUUUAUAGAGUAGUGAUACGCACAACUAGAGUAGAACAAACAUGUUUCCGUAAUCGUCGCAUUUUGUCUCUAGUUGAUUCAAAAGUGCCUUGGUAUAUUCCAUCGAUGGUAUUUAUAGUUGUAGGUUUUUAUAAGCAGUUGACAUUAAUAUAUAAGAACCAUAUAAUCAAGUUCACAAAAGUAUCAAUCCAUAGCUAUUCAUAUGGAAAUCACUUCAAUGAUGUUAUAUAGAUAAUAGUUUUAUCGUUUACCUUUGUGGACUUUAUUAAUUAUCCCAUUGAAAGUUUUUUAACAAUCUCGAAAAAAGAACUGAAUCUUAAAUGUACCGUCCAGAUUUAAUGAUCAAAUAAACAGUUACAAAUGAGA